AUGAACAACAACAAGUAUAAUACCUGCUAUUUAAAACCCUCUACGCUAAAAAUCUUGGUUCUUUAUAUUUCAUAUUUAGUUAAAUGCGUUAGAGCAGAUGAUAAAUCGAAUUUUACGUUUAACACAGAUGUAAUCAGUAAUGCAUAUAAUUUUUUGUUGGGAACUUUUGUACCUUCUGCGUUAAUCUUGGCAUUUAUUUUCUUCAGUAAAAAUCCCAGUUAUAAUAUUAUAGUUGGUAUUCUAGAUGAUUUAUUUCUUUAUGGUGUAUGUUUUUUACUACCACUUGUUGGGCAAUGGUUUCAGCAAGGAACUUUUAAAACUAGUUAUUCUAUAAUUAUUGCCAUGCUCUUUUCAGCUAUCAUGAUAGUUAUUAUCACGCCAAUUCUUCGCAUUUUACAGAGUCGUCUUUGGGGUCAUUAUGAAUCAAAACUUAAGUACAAAUUACGUUUAGUGUUAUACGUUGCUCAUGUAGGUUUCAUUCAGGGUGUUUUAAAUAGCAUUUCUACUUAUCAAACAACCGCAAUUUUAGCUAUUGUCGGAUUCCUAUUAAUUCGCAUAACAUUUUAUGUCAAAAGUAAUUUAAGCCAAGUUGGAAUGCUUGCUUAUAUAGUAUCAGAGAUUGAACAAGUCGGGAGCAUUAGUUGUAAAGAAUUCGUUGAAAAAUUUAAAUGCUCUGACAAUGAUAUUACAACUAGUAACGCUAAUACCGAAAAUAACAGUGAAUCCGAACAAAAUAAUGACAAUAUUAAUGCAACUAGUAGCACUAAUUCGAUAGAUACCAAUGAGAAGCAGAAAGAAAAUAUUAAAAUUAAUAUUUAUCCCUAUAAUGAAAAAGAAAAUGAUUUCGAUUUGGAAUGUAAAGUCAAAGUUGAUAAAUUGCACAAGGACAAGGACACUGAAUUGCAUACGAAUAAAUUUGUUGUCUUUUCAUUUCAAUAUAAAGAAUAUAAAUUUAAAUUUUCAAUACCAAUAAUAAAGAAGGAACAUCCAAUUGAACAUUUCGUCAUCAUGGCUUACCGAAAACCUGAGAAUCUUUUCAAAUUCUGGGAUGCUCGUAAAAAUCCAAUCGAGAUUGAGAUCAAUAUUCCUAAUAACAAUGUCAGAGUUAUCAAAUGCAGAAAAAAGGAUAGAUCGGAGGAAUCAAUCACUCCUCAAGAAUUAGAAGAAUAUAGAGUUAUUGGCACAUUAAAGCAAACAAAGCAUUAG